UUUUACCAAGUCCCGGGCUCCUACGAUUACGAAAUAGAAUGAUCAUAUAAAUUAUAAUUUUCGUUUUAAAAUGAAUAUUUAUUGUAUGUAUUUCUUAUUUUUAUGAUAGCGUGAAAUGUUGGAGUGUUGCAGAACUGCGAAUGAGACGAUACACAAAUUCGUUAGAAGAGAAGUUUGAAUUUGAAUUGAUUAUUGACUAUGAUGGUUCAUUUAGGAGUUCUGGUGAAGAGGACAAUGUCUUUACUGUUAUAACAUGGGUGGAGUCGAAGUCAUACACAGAUGUUGAGACUGAAACUGGUGUAGAUGAAGAAGUACCCUUUGUAUCAAGUGUAUUUGAUGAAGUGCUCAUAAGUAAUCCACGUGAUAAAGAAGGAAUCGCUUCUGUAGAGAUGCUAGCAACACGAAAGCAACAAACUGCACAGGACUCUAAUAUGACAUUACCAAUUUAUAUCAUUAUUACAUAUUUUUAUUUAUCUUUAUUUAGUUAUCUAUUUGUCGUCGAGAACAUGAAACCGUUGUUCUCAUCGUCAGGUGAUUUGAGCAUUUUUACUCAUUCGGGUAAUAGAAUAACAUUGUCCGAUGUCCCUGCUGCAGUUCCCGGUGACGUCGAUGUUGGAGUAAAUCCAAAUAACGAAUCCAUAAUCGCACCAACAACCGAUGAAUCAAAUGAAUGUAGUGGCGAUACAUUCGAAGAUGCACUUGGCGUUGGUCCUGAAGAUUGGAAUUUUCCCGUUUCAAAUCGAGUUCCAUCAAACAUCUCGGAAGUUGGCGCUGCUGCGGUGCGCUCAAAUCAACAUGCUGACUUAUGUUAUCCUGCUGGUCCAAGUUCUGCUAUAUGUGAUCCUGUAUCGGUUAUAAAGUCAGAUUUGUCACUGGUUGUAAGUGAAUUGAAUUUUUUGAAUACUAUCGAACUAUAUUACUAUUAUCACUUUCAUAGGAACCAUUAAACAGAGAUGGAACCGACAUAAACGCAGCAUUGAUAACUCUGGCUUCUUCCGCUUUAAAUCUGGCUGAUUCUCGGUCCUCUCAGUUUAUGUUCAUGGAGUUACAUCGUGAAUUGGAUGACAUUCUCCGAAAAUUAUUAACGAUUGAAGCAAUGAAGCUCGGAGUUAGCAUUUUGGAACAAGCGAAUGAAAUUUUGGAAAAGAAUCGAAGCCAACAAAAGUAGAUUAGACUCAUUGUUUCUAUACUCAAUUAUUUUUUCAUUACAUUUGUACAUCUA